AUGAUCUCCAGCCUCGCCUGGGUGCCUCCCGGCGCCGCGAGCGCGUCGCCCAAGUACGCGGACGUCCCCGAAGAGGAGCUCGAGCGGCUCGCGCAUCGCGCGCGCGACGUCGCGCGUCGCCGCGACUCGCGACGGCGCGACUCCGACGCCUCGGACGCGUCGGAAGACGAGGAUGGGAUGACGGACGAUGAUUCGGACGCGUCGAGCGGCGACGCGUCGGACGAGAGCGACUGGGAAGAGGUCGAGGCGGACGCGGAGGAGGAUUUGGACGAAAUGGCGGCGGACGAAGAAGACGCGAAAGAAACGACGACCAAGGCGGUGGCGAAGGCGAAGGCGGUGGCGAAAGCGGCGAAAGGAAUGGUUGAUGAUCUCGCGGAACUGAACAUGGACGCGUACGACGAUGAAGAGGAGGAUGAACGCGCGGCGGCGGGACGGUUGUUCGGAAGCGGACGCAUGACGCACUACGACGGAAACGAGGACGAUCCGUACAUGACGAUUAAGGAUAGCGAUGACGACGAGGAUGAGAUGCCGGACGAUAUGACGAUGGCGGAGACGGAUUUGGUGAUAUUGGCGGCGCGAACGGACGAGGAUGUGUCGCAUUUGGAGGUGUGGGUGUACGAGGAGGCGGGAGUGACGGGGAACGCGGAGACGAAUUUGUACGUGCAUCACGACGUGCUUUUACCGGCGUUUCCGUUGAGUGUGGCGUGGAUGAAUUGCGCACCCAAGAGCGGGACGAAUGAAGUCAACUGUGCGGCGAUCGGGACGAUGUAUCCAGGGAUCGAGAUUUGGGAUUUGGAUUGCGUGGACGCCGUCGAGCCGGUGACGACGCUGGGGGGAUAUUCAGACGAGGCGAUCAAGGCUGCGAGUAAAAAGGGUAAGAAGGGCGGCAAGAAAGAGUCGAAAGCGUUGAAAGGCGGCUCACACGAAGACGCCGUCAUGGGAUUGUCGUGGAAUCGCGAGUUUAGAAACGUCCUGGCGUCGGCGAGCGCCGACACGACGGUUAAGAUUUGGGACAUCGCGACGGAAACCGCCUCGCAAACGCUGAAUCAUCACAAAGGGAAAGUGCAGGCGUGCGAAUGGAACCCAGCUGAACCUACUGUGCUUCUCACAGGAUCUUACGAUAAAACGGCUCAAGUUGUAGACGUCCGCGCGCCCGAUAAUGCAUCACUUACGUGGAAAGUCGGCGCCGACGUCGAGAGCGCAAUUUGGCACGUCGGAUCGCCGACGCAGUUUUUAGUAUCGAACGAAGAUGGGCUCGUGAUGUGCUUCGAUACACGCAUGGGAUCAAAGUCGGACUGUGUUUUCAAGCUCCAGGCGCACGACAAGGCCACAACAGGGCUGAGCAUGGCGUCUGGUGCGCCCAACCUAUUGACGACGUGCUCCACGGACAAGUCGAUCAAAUUGUGGGAUUUGAACGAUGGUAAACCGUCCUUACUGUGUCAGCACUCUCCUCAAGUGGGAGCUAUUUUUGCGUGUGGAUUUUCGCCUUCGGUGCCGUAUUUGAUAGCCGCCGCUGGCUCCAAGGGCACCGUGGCGGUUUGGGACAUCCUGUCGGAAGCCGCAGUCAAGCAAACUCACGGAAAAACUCUCGAACAAUACUAUCGCGUGUCAAAGUAA